AUGGAACAUCCGAUCGCGUUCGCUUCAAGAACUUUGAAUAAGGCUGAGAGAAAAUACAGUCAAAUUGACAAGGAAGCUCUAAGUAUUGUGUUUGGAGUAAAGAAAUUCCACAUUUAUCUGUAUGGUCGCGAGAUUACCUUGAUAACCGAUCAUCAGCCAUUAGUGUCAGUUUUCAACCCUAAGAAAGGAAUUUCAGUUACCUCCACUGCACGAAUGCAAAGACAUGCAAUAUUUUUAAGUGGAUAUACGAACAACAUUGAAUAUCGCAAUACAAAACGCCACACGAAUGCGGUUGGAUUGUCACGAAUUCCUCAGGAAAAGGAGGGACUUGAGGCCAAAGACUUAACUGAUGUAGCAGAUAUGUUUACACUCAGUCAAAUGGAACAAAUAUCAUGUAUUACGCACCAGGAAAUUAGAAGAGAAACGUCAAGAGACAAAAUUUUGUCAAAAGUGUACGAUUGCAUUGUUAAUGGUUGUACUGAAAAUGAGGACCCAAAUCUAAAUGCAUACUUCAGUAGAAGGAAUGAAUUGACUGUUAGUCAAGGCUGUGUCAUGUGGGGAUGCAGAGUUAUAAUUCCACAGCGAUUUCAGAAAAGAGUACUUGAAAUGUUUCAUUCAGCUCACCCCGGAAUCGUGCGAAUGAAACUUUUGACGAGAAGUUACGUUUGGUGGCCGGGAAUCGAUUUGGAAAUCGAAAAGCUUGUUAAAAGUUGUUCUGGAUGCCAGAAAACCGCACCCUUACAUCCGUUGGAAUGUCCGUCAGCUCCGUGGAAACGUAUCCACAUUGAUUUUGCAGGACCAUUUUUAGGACACAUGUUUCUUAUUGUCGUGGACGCACAUUCAAAAUGGCAAGAAGUUAUUCCUAUGCAGACGACCACGUCAACCAAAACGAUAAUUACUUUGCGUAAUAUCUUUACAAGAAACGGAUUAUCGGAGCAGCUUGUUUCCGAUAAUGACCCACAAUUUGUGUCCGAAGAAUUUUGUUCAAACUUUUAA